AGGGGCACCCCCUCUCUCAUCCAUCAAGAUGACACACAUAAGAGAAUAAGACAGGACUCAUUUAGACGUCUGGCUGGAAUCAGAGCGUCCUUCCUGAGUCCCUUUAUUUCUGUCCUGCUCACCGCCAACGGCUUCCGUGGAAUUAACAUAUACAUCAUGCCGGAUUUCGCAGGAAUAUGGAAAAUGAAAAGCAGUGAGAAUUUUGAUGAACUUCUGAAAGCUCUUGGUGUUAACAUUAUGCUUAGGAAGGUAGCAGUGGCUGCAGCUUCCAAACCCCACGUUGAGAUUCGUCAAAAUGAAGAGCAGUUUUAUAUUAAGACAUCUACCACAGUCAGAACCACAGAAAUCCGAUUCACAGUUGGAGAAGAAUUUGAUGAGGAGACUGUUGAUGGCAGAAAAUGCAAGAGUUUUCCUGUGUGGGAGAAGGAAAAUAAGAUAUACUGCAAGCAAAAUUUGGUGGAUGGGACAGGGCCCAAGACAUACUGGACUCGGGAACUUGUAGGAGAUGAGCUGAUUCUGGUUUUCGGAGCAGAUGACGUAGUCUGUACACGAAUAUAUGUGAGAGCAUGAGACAGGGACUUGUCUGGGCUCUCGGAAUCUUCUAUCAGUAAUGUAGGGAUCAUUUUCCUGUCACACCAGUCCACUUGUUGUAUACUUUGAGAUUUAUAAUAGUGUUGUCGUUCACUAGUAAAAUCAGACUGAAUUUAA